CCUGAUCUAGCAUACUACACCUCACCGUUCCAGCAAUGGAAGCUCAGACCGGAGCAGCACUCCUCCUCGCCUGCCUGCUCGCUCUUGCAACCAUUGCCAGCAGCAACACUGAAGGCGACAUCCUUUACUCGCAAAGGCAGGUGUGGAAGGACCCCAACAACGUGCUGACGAGCUGGGAUCCCACGCUUGUCAACCCCUGCACUUGGUUCCAUGUCACCUGCAACAACGUUAACUCCGUCAUCCGAGUGGAUUUGGGGAACGCGGGCAUCUCAGGCACCCUGAUUCCUCAACUGGGACAACUGAAGAACCUGCAGUACCUGGAGCUGUACGCGAACAAUAUGAGUGGACCAAUACCAACAACCCUGGGCAACCUGACACGCCUGGUCAGCCUUGAUCUCUACGACAACCAUCUCACCGGCGUGAUACCUUCCUCGCUUGGGGCAGUCGGGAGACUGCGUUUCUUGAGGUUGCAUGGGAACAAACUGGCGGGAGUUAUCCCGGCGUCGUUGGGCCGUCUGACGAAGCUUGUCGAGCUGGAGCUUCAGGAGAACAUGCUGACCGGCACGGUGCCGCUGGAGGUCCUCUCCCUUGUUCUUGUCGGGGACUUGACUGAACUAAAUGUUGCGAAAAACAAUCUGGCCGGCACUAUCAAAUCUUCUAAACCAAGAGUGGCUACUGUGAUCCAAGACACGCUCAAGACUACACUCUGAGCAGGAGGCCAACCUGAACUUCUGCAAGAAUAAAUUGAAUAAUGAUUUUUCCUUCUGAAGCUGCUGGCAGUAGUUAUAGCUACGGCCUGAGCUUUUGUAGACCACUGUUCCGUUAAGAGUCCAUAUAAAAGUUGAAUGGUUGAAUGCA